AUCAACUUUCCUUACUGGAGUGCAAUAAUAACUCUCCAAGAGAAAGCACAAAACAGGAAAAUAAGCCAUACCCUAUGAAACCCUAACACUAUAAACUGAAACUGUGAAACACAUACACAUAUAUUUUACGACCAUGGAAGGUUUAUUCAAAUCCAAACCAAAAACCCAGAAAAAUUCUGAUGAAGUUGUUCGUCUAACUCGUAAUCUUCUGGUUUCUCUCCUCUCCAAUGAACACGAUUUUGGUAAAAGAGAUGAAAAGGUAGCUGAAAUGAAUAAGUUUAUUCGGGAUUUGAAGAUAAUUCUGUAUGGAAGUGCUGAGUCUGAACCUGUUGCUGAAGCCUGUAAAAAGUUGACAGAAGAGUUGUUCGAAGAGAACACUCUACGCCUUCUCAUUAUCUGUCUUCCAAGGUUAAAUUUGGAGGCUCGCAAAGAUGCCACCCAAGUGGUAGCAAAUUUGCAGAGGCAGCAUGUUGAUGGAAGGCUAAUUGCUACAAUUUAUUUGGAAAAAAACUUAGAUCUUUUGGAAGUGUUGGUUUCUGGGUAUGAGGACCCUGAAAUAGCUUUGCAUUAUGGUGGUACGCUGAGCGAGUGCAUUAGGCAUCAGAUUAUUGCCAGGUAUGUCUUGGAAUCAGAGUCCUUCAAGAAGAUUUUUGACUAUAUACGGCUUCCACAGUUUGAUAUUGCUUCAGAUGCUACAGCAACUUUUAAGGAGCUACUGACAAGGCAUAAGUCAACAGUUGCAGGAUUUCUUUCCAAUAAUAUUGAUUGGUUUUUCCAUGAUUACAAUACAAAGUUGCUCCAAUCAAGUAAUUAUAUUACAAGAAGACAGGCUAUCAAGCUGCUCGGUGAUAUCUUACUUGAACGUUCAAACUCUGUGGCGUUGAUACAUUAUGUUAGCUCCAAAGAUAACUUGAGAAUUCUGAUGAAUCUGUUAAGGGAGUCGAGCAAGAACAUCCAGAUAGAUGCUUUCCAUGUUUUUAAGCUAUUUGCUGCAAACCAAUACAAGCCUCAUGAAGUCAUGAAUGUACUAAUUGCUAACCAAGACAAGCUUCAUUGAUUUUUUGCUGAUUUCAGCACUGA